UAGGAGAGAAUUAGUUGGAAAGUUAUCAUGUGAAUCCGAGAUUUAUGGCUGUCUAGCCAUACUCUUAAUUAAUCAUGUCAGUUUCUGCGCUGCAUAUACGGUAGUCGCGUAUUAAUGCGAUAACAGUUUAUUACCCUCUAAAGAAAGGAUACACUCGUGAAAUCGAUGUGGGCUUAAAAGUGGGAGACGGCAGCUAGGAUAUAUCUGAACAUCACUCGUUUGCACACGCAUAGUAUCUUUACAAGCAACGUAUUCGGUCAUUCCCGGUCAUGUUUCACGGAGCUUAAAAAGUUACGAAGAUAUCUCGUUAAAAUUUCUGUCCUCAUUAUCUUAUUUUAGUUUUUAUUUUAGUUUGAUAUAAAUGAUCUUGUACUCUUGAAGUAUUCUUAAAUGUUAGCAAGACGAUUUUAAGAGCUAUUCUAAGAAUAGUUAUAGACUAUUGAAUGUGAUAGAUGCUUUUUCGACAGGAAACGUUUGCUUUUAUAAAAAUGGCAUGGUCCAAGUUUAUUUUGUACUUGUCGCUAUUGCAUCGAUUUUCGAUUUGUUUGUGCGCAAAUGAAGCCGCGCUAACUUUGCAAAAUCUUCCGGUUCCGGAGGACACUGUUAUUAAUGUUGAGAAGAAUUUUACGGAGCAGUUGAUCCGUGACAAAGACGAAUCAGAAUCCUCGUCGAGAACCACGAGUGUAUACAACAGUACCGAGAAAGCCGAUGGCGAACAUCGGGAUUUCGAUCGAGCUCUAAAAAUCUGGGAUCCAAUUGUCGUUUCGCGUAUCUGGAAGAACGACACGUACCAAGAUGCAGGCAUUUCGUUAUUCUGCGGCGAGGACUUGACUCGUUACUCGAUGGGUCUAUCGAAAAGGGCGAAUUGGGCUUUGAGAAUGAUGGAUGCGGAUGGCAAACACAUUUGGGGCACAUUUUCCGGUAAUAUAUAUUGGCUCGGAGACGUGGACCAAUGUCGCCAAAUGGAGAACGAAUUCACGAAACAGGAUGAGAGACUCCAGCGAAGUAAACAAUUACCGCCCUUUCGCGUCAGUAUGAACUCCAUCAAUCUUGCCCUUGAUAUUCUGCAAUUAGGAGUAAACGGGACUCGCAACAUCACGCUUGGAUUGUGCUUGCCAUUAACGUGCAGCACAAAGGACGUCGAAAGACUUUUAUAUUUUGUACAAAAUCAAUCUGAUUUUCCGCUAAAGAUUACCAUUAAUCACGUACGAAAUCUUUCAACAGGAUAUGCAUUUCGCCAAGAUACGACAUUUUACAUUUUGUUAGUUUCCUUCGUCAUGGUAUGUGCGCUUACACUAAUCGGCACUUGUUAUGACGUUACGCUGCGUUACAAAGUCUUACGUGGAACUGAUGAGGAGCGCAGUGAUAGUAACACAGUAACGUUAUCAACGCUCAAACCAGAUAGGAAAGUCGAUCGUGAAGUUACCAUUUCAAAAUUAUGGACUGUGAAGACUCACAAUGGUUCCUUGGAUGUUCGCAAUUCGGAUACUACGCCGAAACCUUGGUCGGAAGCGUUGUUGUCCUUCAGUCUACUCGUGAAUAUAUCCAAACUCUGCAGUCUGGAUGUUGGCACGGAUACUUUAGCGCCGAUACAUGGCCUGAGAUUUUAUUCGAUGCUCUGGGUGAUCUUGGCACAUACGUGCUUGAUAACCAACGAAAUCUCAGAAAACAAGACGUUCCGGAACAUGGUGGAGGAAGACUUUUUCUAUCAGACCAUCGGUAACAGUAUAUAUUCUGUGGACACAUUCUUCUUUAUCAGUGGAUGCUUGGUGACGUUUCUCUAUUAUCGCACGAUUGCGAAUAAAAGGAUACGAGAGAAAAGGAUGACGAAGGGCUGUCAUGGUCAGGUCCUGCAGUUCUUUGGGAUGAUGUUCUAUAGAUACUUUCGCCUGACCCCGAUUUACCUGCUGGUGAUCGGUCUAGUCCAGGUGUUGAUGAAAUGGUAUCACGAUCAUUCCAUGAUCGAAUUACCUACGGCGCUGGAUUACGAGGCCUGCGAGAAAUUCUGGUGGCGGAAUGCCCUGUACAUAAAUACUUAUUUCAGUACAGUGGAACGAUGCAUUUCCUGGAGUUGGUACUUGGCGAAUGACACGCAGUUUUACACCGUGGGCACGAUCAUCCUGAUAAUCGGGGCAAACUUUCUACCGGCGGCCGCACUCAUCGUCGCUUUCUUUUUGAUCGCCUCUUGGGUCACGACGGCGAUAAUUACUUUGCACACUGGACACGUACCAAGCAUCCAGGAGCCGUUUGCACAUUAUGAGAGCCUUUACGACAAGCCGUGGGCGAGAAUAGGACCGUAUCUUAUAGGAAUGGUCACUGGAUGGUAUCUCUUCAAGAUCAACUGCCAGGCAAAUAUAAAGAAAGUUGUCGUUGUGCUUGGUUGGUCUCUUUGCUUGAUUAUCAUGACGAGUAUAGUAUAUGGGUUGCACGAAACUACCUUUGGACCGGCAUUGUCCGUGUUAUACACAACGCUGUCGAAUUCCGCCUGGGCGAUAUGCUUAGCAUGGAUCUUGAUCGCCUGCCUUACCGGUCACGGUGGUGUGGUGAAUUGUAUACUCUCCUGGAAGUAUGUGUAUCCAAUCUCCAGAUUGACGUAUUGCGCCUACCUGGUGCAUCCCAUGCUCAUAAGAAUUAUAAUACUACAGGGUGAACGUUCGUGGCAUCUCUCACGCAGUUUCUUGGCGACGCUAUAUUUUGGAAAUGUGAUGAUGUCAUACGCCGUUUCACUGUUCCUCAGUCUGUUAUUUGAGGCACCGGUGGUAUCCCUGUUGAGAAUACUUCAUCCUUUGAGAGAGUGGAAGCAACUGUAAUUCAAUUUUUGCUCCUCAUUACCGAUAUAAAGAGAAAUAAGAAGUCAAGGGUUACGGAUAUGCUGCAAAAAUUAUAUUCCAUUUUUUUAUAUUGACAAAAUAUAUGUGUAUAUAUAUAUAUAUAUAUAUAUAUAUAUAUAUCUACUUGUAUUUUUUUAUAUGUCACAACUCUAAGUAACCAAUCUACACCGCUAAACAGAAAUAUUAUAAAUAAUCGUAAAUUGUCUUUUCCUUCUCGACGAUUCCCGUUUCUGUGCAAAAAUAACGGUAUAACGAAGAGAAUGAAUAUAAAAUGUCAUCUUUAUCUUAAGUAAAACCUAUCCCUUUUGAAAAGAAAGUUCCGAGAGAGAGAAACAUAUUGUUGUACCUGCUCUUUGGGACAUUCGAUAUUUAUCGUUAUUCCCGAUACUGAUGCCUGAGGAGAACGGGCGUUCCUUGAGUUUAUGUUUACGGAGUAUUGACAACGAGUUGUUUAUGCGGAGUUGACGACGAG